GUCCGACUACAAGCCGAAGCCUCUCACAGCUGAGAAGAUCGAAGAGCUCCAGAAGCGCCUUGAAGAGCUGAAGGAGAAGGAGGAGCAGGCCGCGGCCCUGGCGGGCCUUCGCAAUGAGCUCGAAGCCUACAUCUAUGGCAGCCGUGACAAGCUGGAGAGGGACGACAUCAUCAAGGUCUCCACCGAGGAGCAGCGAUCCGAGAUCACCAAGCUCUGCACGGAUUACGAGGAAUGGAUGUACGAGGCCGGAGCCUCUAAAGCAGAGUUCGAGAGCAAGCUGAAAGACCUUCAG